AUCCGUUUUUCAAAGAUGCAAACAGUCACCAAUAUGUACAUCGUGAAUCUAGCUAUAGCCGACGAGUGUUUUCUGAUAGGCAUACCGUUUCUGAUAGCCACGCUCCUGCAUCGACACUGGAUAUUCGGGUACUUCGCUUGUAAGGCGUACAUGAUUUCGACCAGUAUUAAUCAGUUCACCAGUUCCAUCCUGCUGUGCAUUAUGAGCGCUGACAGGUACAUAGCGGUGUGCCACCCAAUUUCCUCUCCCAGAUGGAGGACCCCUUUCAUAUCCAAAGUGGUGUCCCUACUGGCCUGGACCUUCAGCAUAUUCCUCAUCAUACCCAUCAUACAGCACGCCAAAGAGGUAGACUUCGACGGCGAGAAGUCGUGCGUCAUAGAAUGGGGGAAUUUCUCCGGUAACUCCACUGAUGAAGCCGCAGCUCCGGCGAAAAUUUUCAUCUUGUACACGUUCUUCUUCAGCUUCGCCAUACCCUUGUGUCUCAUUCUGGUGUUCUACUGGCUGGUCAUCAAGAAACUGAAGACCGUGGGGCCGAAGAACAAGUCCAAGGAAAAGAAGCGUUCCCACAGGAAGGUCACCAACUUGGUUCUGACCGUGGUCACCGUAUACGUCAUAUGCUGGCUCCCGUAUUGGAUCACGCAACUCGCCAUAGAUGGGACACAUGACACGUUCUCGAUUACCCUCCACCUGCUGGCUUCCUGCAUGAGCUACUCCAACUCGGCGGUCAACCCGAUCCUGUACGCGUUCCUGAGCGACAACUUCAAGAAGAGCUUCCUGAAGGCCUGCACCUGCGCGGCGAACAAGGACGUAAACGCGACGCUCCACCUGGAGAACAGCGUCUUCCCCAAGAAAACCAAACAGAGCUCGGAGAGACUACGACCGAGCAGGACACGAGGGACCUCCGUCUGCGCCAACAACGAGGACGAGUGCGACGUCGGCCCCCUGGUGAGCAGGGGGGACGCUUCCACGUCCGCCAUCACGAUGACGAGCCGCACGACGAACCUCUGCGAUAGCAGGGACAACGUAUGUAAAAACAGCCUGGUGAAAAACGGCGCCGCCGUAACGUCGCAACCGACCAGUUUGUAA